AUGACUCCAGAAAUGUCGCUUUAUCAAGGUCACCUUUCUGACACAUUCUUCCACCCCGUUAUGUUUCCCCCCCUCCAGGCCAUUAAGGUGAUCAUGCUUGCUCAGGAGGAGGCGCGUCGUCUGGGCCACAACUUCGUCGGCACGGAGCAGAUCCUCCUGGGUCUCAUCGGCGAGGGCACGGGCAUCGCUGCCAAGGUGCUCAAGUCGCUGGGCGUGAACCUCAAGGAGGCGCGCGUUGAGGUCGAGAAGAUCAUCGGCCGCGGGUCUGGCUUCGUCGCUGUGGAGAUUCCGUUCACCCCGCGUGCCAAGCGCGUGCUCGAGCUCUCGCUGGAGGAGGCGCGUCAACUUGGCCACAACUACAUCGGCACGGAGCAUCUUCUGCUCGGUCUCCUUCGCGAGGGCGAGGGCGUCGCUGCUCGCGUCUUUGAGAACCUCGGUGCCGACGCCGGCAACAUUCGCUCCCAGGUGAUCCGCAUGGUGGGCGAGAGCGCGGAGGCCGUGGGUGCCGGAGUGGGCGGCGGCAGCAGCAACUCGAAGAUGCCCACGCUCGAGGAGUACGGCACCAACCUCACCAAGCUCGCCGAGGAAGGCAAGCUGGACCCGGUGGUGGGGCGCGUGUCGCAGAUCGAGCGUGUGACGCAGAUCCUGGGUCGCCGCACGAAGAACAACCCCUGCCUCAUCGGCGAGCCCGGAGUCGGCAAGACCGCCAUCGCCGAGGGCCUCGCGCAGCGCAUUGCUGGCGGCGAUGUUCCCGAGACGCUGGAGGGCAAGAAGGUCGUGACCCUGGACAUGGGUCUGCUUGUAGCGGGGACGAAGUACCGUGGAGAGUUCGAGGAGCGGCUGAAGAAGCUGAUGGACGAGAUCAAGCAGGCGGACGACAUCAUUCUCUUCAUCGACGAGGUCCACACGCUCAUCGGCGCGGGAGCCGCGGAGGGCGCCAUCGACGCCGCCAACAUCCUCAAGCCCGCCAUGGCUCGCGGCGAGCUGCAGUGCAUCGGCGCGACGACGAUCGACGAGUACCGCAAGCACAUUGAGAAGGACCCCGCUCUCGAGCGUCGUUUCCAGCCCGUGCAGGUGCCGGAGCCCACGGUGGAGGAGACGAUUCUGAUCCUGCAGGGUCUGCGCGAGCGCUACGAGAUUCACCACAAGCUGCGCUACACGGACGAGGCUCUCGCGGCCGCCGCGCAGCUGUCGUACCAGUACAUCAGCGACCGCUUCCUGCCCGACAAGGCCAUUGACCUGAUCGACGAGGCCGGGUCGAGGGUGCGCCUGCGCCACGCGCAGAUGCCCGAGGAGGCCAAGGAGCUCGACAAGCAGCUGAGGCAGAUCACCAAGGACAAGAACGAGGCCGUCCGCAACCAGGACUUUGAGAAGGCGGGCGAGCUGCGUGACCAGGAGAUGGACCUGAAGACGCAGAUCAGCGCCAUCAUGGAGAAGACCAAGGAGCAGAGCAAGGCGGAGGUGGAGGCGUCAGGGGGCGCGGGUGGGCCAGUGGUGACGGAGGCGGACAUCCACCAGAUCGUGGGCGCGUGGACGGGCAUCCCCGUGGACAAGGUGUCGAGCGACGAGAGCAGCCGCCUGCUCAAGAUGGAGGAGACGCUGCACAACCGCGUCAUUGGCCAGGACGAGGCCGUCAAGGCCAUCAGUCGCGCCAUCCGUCGUGCGCGUGUGGGGCUGAAGAACCCCAACCGCCCCAUUGCCAGCUUCAUCUUCUCGGGUCCCACGGGUGUCGGCAAGUCCGAGCUCGCCAAGUCCCUCGCCUCCUACUACUUCGGUUCCGAGGAGGCCAUGGUGCGGCUGGACAUGUCGGAGUUCAUGGAGCGCCACACGGUGUCCAAGCUCAUUGGUUCGCCCCCCGGUUACGUGGGGUACAGCGAGGGAGGGCAGCUCACGGAGGCUGUGAGGCGGCGGCCGUACACGGUGGUGCUGUUUGACGAGAUUGAGAAGGCCCACCCUGACGUCUUCAACAUGAUGCUCCAGAUUCUGGAGGACGGGCGGUUGACGGACAGCAAGGGGCGCACGGUGGAUUUCAAGAACACGCUGCUCAUCAUGACCUCCAACGUCGGCUCCUCCGUCAUUGAGAAGGGCGGCGGAGGCAUUGGCUUCCAGCUGGACUACGGGGAGAAGGACACGAGCUACAACCGCAUCAAGUCGCUGGUGAACGAGGAGCUGAAGCAGUACUUCCGCCCCGAGUUCCUGAACCGGCUGGACGAGAUCAUUGUGUUCCGCCAGCUCACCAAGCAGGAGGUCAAGGAGAUCAGCAACAUCAUGCUCAAGGAGGUGUUCGACCGCCUUACCAAGAAGGACAUUGACCUCCAGGUGACGGAGAGGUUCAGGGACCGGGUGGUGGAUGAGGGCUACAGCCCCAGCUACGGUGCCAGGCCGCUGCGACGAGCCAUCAUGAGGCUGCUGGAGGACAGCAUGGCGGAGCGCAUGCUCUCUGGGGAGAUCAAGGAGGGCGACAGUGCCAUCAUUGACGUUGAUGCUGAUGGCAAUGAUGCUCCUGCGCUACUGGCGGGGCCUCGUGCGGAUGCGGAGCUGGAUGCAAGGCCGGACCUAGCUGUUCCUGCAAGGGCGGUGCUUCCUGCGCGUGCGGCGAGACUUGCGCGUGCGACUCCUGCUCCUGCGGGGAAGGGUGCUCCUGCAAGACCCGCGCUUGCGCAUCUGGCGGCGCCUGCACUUGCGGCGACGGAUGCGGCUGCGGCGCAGGGUGCAGCUGCAAGAAGCCUUAAGGAGUCCGCUCGAGGUCUGAAGAGUUAG